AUGAAGAAAUACAGUGAUAAGCAAAUUCUUUCCAUCAAUGAUACACCACCAUCAAUUCCAGCAUUCGGUAUAGAUGACUUAGCUCAUGCUGUGGAUACAUUCAAACCAUCUCAGUUCAAUACGAGCGAGCUACCAAAAGACCUUCCAGUUUAUGACAAGUCUACGGGACGAUUCAACCGAUUUAUCAAACGAGGUGGCAUGAAAAGAAGAGUUGUUAGUGCUCCGCCCAUGAUGGCCAAAUCUUAUGUCGAUAAGGAAUUACCUGUUGCACCUAAUACCAGGAGGGAUACGUUGACCCCAGUGGUGGAUAAGAGGUUGAUCGAGCUUUCCAAAUCUACCCUAAAACCUAGAGUAGUUUCAGGACCACCAGUGCCACCCAAAGAAUCAUUAUAUGACGCCAAUUUGUGGAAUGGCAAGUCACUUUUGGCUUCCCCACGGCAAAAAUCAUCUGAUAUUAGGUGGUCAACCCUGCGGUGUCAUGUGACAGGACUUUCUCCAUCCUAUCAGCUUUCACCGAUGAAAGGAACUAGCUCGCCAAUAGGCCAGUUUAACAAGUCGGGUUUUCCUGAAAUUCCACCAGUUUCCUCGAGACUAUACUUUAACGGCUCCCCACUAGGUUGUUCAAUGAAUAGUGAUAAUCUCUUCUCGGAGAAAGAUGAAGCGUGGUGUUAUCGAGACAUGUAUUGA